UUCCUGAAAAUAGAAAUGAAAUUAUCCCUUCCUUCUUUUCACCCUCUGACUCAUUCUGGGACUAUUUCAGUUCGUCCAGCUGCCAGGCACCUGUCCCACUCUGUCCCCAGCACGCAGGCUUCAGGGCAGCAGCAGCCRGUGCUGGGCCGGGACCAGAACACGGUGUUUUAUUGUCUGCUGGCAGAGUCCACUGUCCAAGAUGAAGAACCUGUGAUGCGUCUGCAGCUCCAGCAGCCAGAGGGAGACCUCUUCCCCUGUGGAUGUGACACAACAGAUGCCAGCCAGAGCUCCUCCAACGACACCCCAGCCCCAGAGAGGUCCAUGUGCCAGCCCUGCAAACCUCCGUCAGCCACUGAAGAGGAGCUGGCCGGCCUUUCAAAGCCUGAGGAGGAAGAAGGAACUUCACCAGGUGAAAACUCCUCUACUGAGGUGUUAGUCACUGAAGGAGAAGACCAGGAAGAGGUGACAGUGGAGGAUGAAGAGGUGCGAUCUGGGAGGAAAACUGAGGCUGGAGAUGAGUCACUGGAACAGGAAGUAUCGGAGGAGCUACGUAAAGAGGCGGAGGACACUUUAGCUGAAGCUGGGGAAGAGAAGCAGGAACCUGUGGAAGGUGCACCAGAGGAAUUUCUUCAUGCAGAAGAAGCUGAGUCUGCUUCUGAUGAAGGAUCUGAUGAGGAGUCAGAAGAUGGCAGCCCACAGGAGGAAACAGUGAUGGCAACAUACAAACAAACAACUGUGGAGACUGUCCCACAAGUAGCUACAGCUGCUGGGGAGGUGGGGGAUGAAAAAACUGAACCAGAAUUAGAGACGUCAGAGCCUGAAUCUGAGCAGACACAACCAGAACUAACAGAGGAGCUGAACCCACCAUCACAGGCAGAGCGAGAAGCUGCAGAAGCACCAGAAAUCAUUUCAGAACCACAAGCUGGUCUGCUGGAGAAAACUGAACCUUCUGGGGAUGAAGUUAUUGUAGAAGAUAAAAAGAUGAAAACCACAGAGGAAACUCCUAAAGCUAAGCCUGUAGAGGAGCCCACAUCGCCUCAAGCCAAAGAGGUCACAGGCCUGAGGGACCGUUCCCACAUUGAGGACAUGCUGCGACUGGGGAUGGCUGAACCUUCAGCUGAGUUCUCUGGUGCAGUGAAGAAACUGUUGAACAUCUACCAUACAGCCAUCAAGCCCAUGGAGCAGGCCUUUAAGUACAACGAGCUCAGGCAGCAUGAAGUUUCAGGUUUGUACCUCAGGAAAACGAUGUGAACGUUUCUUUGCAUCACAAGAGAUUUUUGUAUUUAAUUUCAACUUUGCGGGAGAUGAAGACCUGAUCUAAACCUCACCUUAAACCCUCUCACAAAUGUUUCUUUUGACCACUUUGUUCCAAACAUAGAGUUACAUGAACAGGAUCUGUGAAGAAACCAGAAAAACCCAAAGUCACUCUGAGUCAUAAAUAAGAAUGAGUUUGGAGGUAGGACUCCUAUUUUUUUUUAACCAGACACACACAAAAAAGAAC